AAUGUUCCUGUGUGGUUUAUUUCAGUAUUGAUGAUCCACGUCCUUUCCGUUGACGUGUAGGCCUAUCGCCUAGCUUUGUAUUUGAUUUAGCAGUUACAGAAGUGACAAUAUUUCGUGUUUCAGUGAAAAACAAUAGUAAGGGUUAUACAGUAUGAUCGAAAUAACAGAUCUUCAAAAGAUCGGUGUUGGCCUUGCCGGCUUUGGCGUUUUCUUUUUAUUUUUAGGAGUUCUGUUCUUUUUUGAUGGUGGACUUUUAGCUAUUGGAAAUAUUUUGUUUUUAUCUGGUUUAGCCUUGGUAAUUGGUCUUGAGAGGACAUUCCGGUUCUUUUUUCAGAGCCACAAAUUAAAAGCUACUGGGUUUUUUGUUGGUGGCAUGGUUGUUGUAUUAGUUGGAUGGCCACUUGUUGGCAUGUGUGUUGAAACAUAUGGAUUCUUUUUGCUUUUUAGGGGUUUCUUUCCAGUAGCAAUAAACUUUUUGAGGCGAGUACCAGUAAUAGGAACAUUACUAUCUUUACCUGGAAUAAAUUCAUUUGUAUCUAGAUUUGAAGACCACAAUCAGAUGGUAUGAAGACUUGCUAUUUGAGGUUUAUGUGCUAUGAAUAUUCAACAGACAUGGAUGGGUCUCAUGAAUGUUCAUGUGAAAUAAAGGUCAAGAAAUCAAAUGUCAGUUUAUGGUGAUGUGAUAGAAAGAGCUGCGAUAAAUCAAGGACAAUGGGUGGAUCCGAACACAAGCGAUAGAAACAACUGCUAAACAAACAGACAUUGGAAGGAUCCUAACGUUGAUGCACUAGAAGCAAAGCAUUGUGUUAAACAGACACCUGGAGGAUCCGAGCACUGAUAUGAUAGGAUAGAGGAAGACAUACAGGAUUCAAUUUAUAGCUUUUUUUACUGUUGCUUGUUUCUAAGUAUUUAAGGACAAAGCUUAGGUGCUUAUUACAUGGAGGUGACUUAACUUGAUUUGAUAAUUUAAAUGUAAUGCAUCAUCUUGAGUAACCAAUUCCAGUGAUUUAGUAUUUUUUGUUAUGUUUUAUAUUUAACAAAAACAACUCCUUGUAAUGAUUUAUUAAUGUGAAAAAUGAGAUAAGAUAUUCUUCUUAGAAUUUUCUCAAAUAUAUUGAUUUAUAUCCAUUUCGCUAAUACAUAUUUAGUGAUGUAUCAUUAUAUAGGUUUGAUAUAAUGCAUAGUACCAAGGCCUAUAGGCACCUAACAUUAUUGAAACAGAAUUUUUAUGGUAUGGAACACAUUCGUUUCAUAGCUUCCCUGGGCAAUUAUUACAGUGUUUCAAACAAUACAAGAGUGGGAAUGGAACAUUCAAGUCCGAAACCUUGCUUAUUUUACUUGCACUUGUUGGCUAUGUUGCUAAGCACUACCAAGUUAGGUGACCAGUAAAGUAUUACAUUAAAUUGUGAUACUCAUAUUAUUUAUCCAUUUAGUAUGGGCACAGAUAGUCUUUAAGUAAGUAUUGUAUAUACACAUUUAAAAGAAAAUAAAUGAAAACAAAAAAAA